AUGCGUGCUGUGGCUCAAUCUAUGUUCCGAUGGAAGAUUGGAAAUGGGCGCUCCGUAUCCUUCUGGUUUGACUGUUGGCACAGUAGGGGCCCGCUAUAUUUGCUUUUUAGUAACGCGGAGAUUUAUCAAUCGCGCAUUCCUCGGGAGGCUACAGUCCGAUCCUUCUACGAAGGUUCUUGGCAACCUUCUAACACCCUUGCCACUAUUAUGGGUUGGUCAGAUCCCCUUCCGCCUACUGUGGAUAACUCGAUGGACAACUUUGUCUGGACACCUCAUCCAGCUGAAUCCUUCUCUGUUUCUCUUGCUUGGAACCAUAUCCGCAGGAAAUGGCAUCCAACCCCCUGGCAUUCCUUCGUUUGGGAUCGGCACAUAGCUCCUCGUCAUGCCUUUCUCCUAUGGCUGAUAACCCUUAACCGGCUACCUACCCAGGUAUUCCUGUUACAAAAUCGCAGGAUUGACGAUGCUCUCUGCGCCUUUUGUGGGACUACACCAGACUCAAUCAACCAUCUUUUCUUUGGUUGCGCUUCUACCUGUAGAUUGGCUUCUCUUUGGGCGACAAAUUGCAGACUACCUUGGCGCAACCGCCCCUGGCAAGAACAUAUUCUCUGGGCUAUGAAAGUUUGCGGAGGAUCUUCUUUUGCCCACCGCAUCACCAGAUUUUCCUUUGGUGCUCUAUGCCACAUUAUCUGGAUCGAAAGGAACAACGCUAUCUUCAGGAACAAGAGUGUCUUCAUCCCUGGGAUGCGAAAGCACCUUUUCAAGGCAGUGAAGGAUAAAGCUAUUUCCAUGGGGACAGUUGAGGACACUUAUAGGAACCGCAUUGUACAAAGAAAGUGGGACCUUCCUCCUUCUAUCUUCGAUUAA